GGCAAGGCAUCCGCAAUUCCGCAUUAUCCCGCUACCAGUCCAAUGCAGCAUCCAACCCAAGGCAUCAUUUCUUGUUUGCUUGCCCCGGAAAAAGUCUGUUUGUCCGCUACUCUGCUCACCGUGAUAGUCCACCCCAUCUCGUCGAAAGCAACCGUAACCAUCAGCAUUGGCUGUCUCUUGAAGUCUUGGACACAACACAAGGCAAAAACAACGCCCACAUUUCCUUCGGUUCUGCAGAAUCGAUCCAUGGACCUGCUAUAUAUAACCUCGCUUUAUUUUGCAGUUUGCACAGCCACACCCCCACGCAGAGGCAGAAGCCACCGCUUCCAUUUACAUGACCUCACGGCCGUCCGCGCGCGGUGCGUGGUCGCACUACUACGGCACCGCCCAACGCCAUACUCGCGGUCCUCUCGUCGUCUAGGUCUAGCUAGUCCAGGCCGCCUCUUCUCAUGGCCGUGCACGCGCAGUACUUGUCCCAUGCCUUCUCCCAUGACCACCGCGCCAUCUGCAGGUUCGUCUCCCUCCGAUCCCCUUUCACCCUCUCUCUCCUCCUAUAUUUAUUCAUCCCCAAUGAAACCGCCACAGCGUCUUCUUGAUUCCAUUCAUCACCCGUGCGUUGUGUUCCAUAAUCCAUAUAGCCCGGCGCUGGAUAACGCAACGAGCGCGUCGCCGUCGUCCCUCGGCCAUCCCGGCGGCGGCCACCCGCUUCCCGCCGCGGUGGGCGGCAACACAGUGCUCAGCGACCUCACCAGCAGCAACAACAACGGUUGCUUCUUGCCGAGGAAGCGCGCGCGGGUUGGGGACGUGUCCGGCGCCGGCGCGGGCUUGAUCAUGGACCUGCAAGGCCAACGCGCUCUGCUGCCGCCAGUGCCGGUGCCGGUGCCGGUGCUCGCGGGAGACGUCCAGAGGAGGCUGCUCUGCUCUGCCGCCGCGUCCACCACUACCAGUGGCCGCCCGACCGCCAGCGUCGCGCCGGUGUCGCAGUCGCAGGGCCUCCUGUCGCACCUCUACCACCACGGCGUCGAGAUUGACGCGCUCGUCCGCAUCGAGAACGAGAGGCUGCGAGCGGGGCUGCGGGAGGCGCGGCGCCGGCACGUCCGGACGGUGGUGUCGGCGGUGGAGCGCGCGGCGGCGCGGCGCCUGCGGGCGGCCGAGGCCGAACUGGAGCGCGCCCUGGCGCGCAACGCGGAGCUCGACGGGAGGCUCCGGCAGACGGAAGCCGAGGGGCAGGCGUGGCAGGACAUCGCCAGGUGCCACGAGGGCGUCGCGGCGGGCCUACGCGCCACGCUCGACAACAUCAUGCAGACGCAGACGCAGCCGCCAUGCGCCGGCGCAGGGGAUGAUGCAGGCGCCGACGGCGACGCCGAGGACGCGCAGUCGUGCUGCUUCGAGUUGGAGCAGGAGCAGGGCGAGGGCGGCGAGGCGUCCGGCGGGCGGCGGACGAGGGCGUGCAGGUGGUGCGGCGCGGCGGAGGCGUGCGUGCUGAUGCUGCCGUGCCGGCACCUGUGCCUGUGCCGCGGGUGCGAGGCGGGCGUCCAGGCGUGCCCCGUGUGCGCGGCCACCAAGAACGCAUCGCUCCACGUCCUCCUGCACUGACCCUGAGUACCUGACCACACGCGGCGUGGCAACGCCAACACAUGGGCUGGGCGCGACAAGCCAUGGAGGAAAAUCUGCAAGCAGCGACAAAGAGAAGGAACUGCAUUGCUCGAGGGAACUAAUCUGACCGGACAGAGCACGGCAGCACGCCACGCCAACCUGAAUGAAGGCCAUUAGAGAUGGAUCAUGGAUGACGUAGGCAUGCAGAUGCCACUCUCUCGGGCUGCUUGCUGGUCAUCGCCUCGAUCGAGCGGACGUCAACACUAGUAUGGCCUUGUUUAGUUGGCAAAAUUUUGGUUUUUUUGGCUACUGUAGCACUUUCGUUUUUAUUUGACAAACA